AUGGCCUCCAGCGCCGGACCAACGACGUCCAAUGCUUUGACAACCAAACCCAAUGCCUUGACAUUGACAACCAACGACAAUGCCGGAACAACAACCACUCCUGCGGACACUGCUGCUGCUCUGGCCACCUCGACGGCACUCUGGCAGAAGGAUGUUACAGCGCGCCUUGGCCGCCUCGAGACGCUGCUGGGCAACCACGGCAACCACGGCGCCUAUAUGAAUGUAAAUGUGAACACAGCCACGGCCACGGCCAGCGUACCAGUUGAUAUAGGCGAAGCGACGUUGCUGCAGCCUAUUGAUGCGCUGAAUCGCAUCGCGCUCGGGGGCGACGGCGACAGCGACAGCGACCAUGAGAGUGACAGCAACGGCGACAGCGACACCAACAGUGACGACGACAUGGCCAGCGCGCAUUGCCCCUAUACGCAAUGCGAUGACUAUCCCCAGUGCUGCCGUUCCCAUGUGCGCCUCUGGAGCGAGCCGACCCGCGCUGCCGACGCGCAGCGGGUGCGCCGUCACGUCGACGCAUACCUCGACACGCUUAAUCCACACUAUCCGACGCUUGAUAGCCGUGAGGUGCGCGCCCAGCUGGACAAUCUGCUCUCCGCCGACGACAACUUCUUUACCAGCAACAACACGCUGCAGUUUGCCGCCCUCGUCCACCUCAUGGUGGCCGCCAGCUGUGCCCUGGGAGACGUGCAUCACCGCGGCGCCCCUGUGCCCGGCUGGCAGCACUUCCUGCGUGCCCAGCACCUCCUGCACCAUGCCACUUGGCUGGGACAGGGCAACCUCCUCACCGUGCAGUGCCUCGUCGCCAAGGCGCUGUAUCUGGUUUACACGGAGAAGCUCAGCGUCGCCUAUGACACGGUGGCCAUGCUUGUGCGCUUGUGCUUCCAGCUGCGCCUUAACCGCCCAUCUGUUGACUGCCCGUCGUGGGACGCGCACAUGCGUCAGCGUGUCGUGUGGUCCGUCUUUGUCCUCGACCGCUACGUUGCCCAGCUCUGGGGCGCCCCAUAUCUGCUGCGCGAGGCCGACAUGAAUGUGCCGCCGCUGAACCCUCUCUCACCCUCUCCCUCACCCUCACCCCCGCCCCCGCGCCCGUCCUUGGUAUUGGAUCAACCAUCCGCCCCGCCCCUGGCCUACUUCUCUGCCAUGGUCCAAUGGGCCCGCCUGAGCUCCGACGUCUGGGACGGCGUCUUCAGUGCCAGCGCGCGUCAGCCGCCCUCGCCCCAGUUCAUUGCCACCAUGGACGCCCGCAUAACCUUAUUCGAGCUAGAGCUGCCGUCGCACCUGCGCUGGUCGAUGGGCGAGGACGAGCACGCCAACGAGCAUGCCCUCGAAAGCAGCCGCGAGCACUACCACGUCACUCGUCAGCGCCUGCUCCUGCAUCUGCGUGCCAAUCAUCUGCGCCUGCUCCUGCGUCGCGACUCCCUGCUGCAGCACGAUUCUUCGCUUCGUGACGCCCACAACAGCCUUCACAUCGCCCAAGACACUGUCGCCGCACUCCAGGCCUACCUCAAGUCUGGCCAUGCGCGCUCCAGCGACAGACACGCUACGACGCUAUAUCUGACCUGUGCCCUAAUCUCACUGGCCCCAAUUGCCCUUCGCAACCAUACGAGCUCUACUAGCGGCCGCACCGCCAUCACAACCUUUAACCAAGCCAUCGCGCUCGUGACAGACAUUGCCCCUUCUUUUGAACUCGCCCGCCUCACCUUGUUGAGGCUGAAAAAACCCCGUCGUGCCAUCUUACGAGCGUCGACGUCUGCAAAUCCGCCCACCACCGAUAGCGUCCGCGACGUACCGCUAUCUAUUCCCCUCGGCUCCACGACCAUCAGCACAAAUCCGCCUGCAUUCGGAGAAUUUUUCCAAGGCUCCACCAGUAUUCUUGCGGGCGACAUCUGGGACAAUGACUGGUGGCGCGCCGACGGUACAGGUUGUGUUUGA